AUGUCUUACAACAAGAUUGAUAAAGAGGGUUACGGCGAGGCUCCAAAAACACACAAAAUUCGUAUCACCCUUUCAUCCCGGAAAGUUCAAUCGCUAGAAAAAGUCUGUCAAGAAUUAAUUGAUCGUGCAAAGACUAAGGGCCUUCGGGUUAAAGGCCCAGUGCGUCUCCCGACCAAGACACUGAAAGUAACUACCCGUAAGACACCCUGUGGUGAAGGUUCUAAGACUUGGGACACAUUUGAGAUGAGAAUACACAAGCGUUUGAUCGAUCUCAAUGCCCCAACUGAGGUUGUGAAACAAAUCAUUAUUAACAUCGAGGCUGGUGUUGAAGUCGAGUUUCACUAUCUUGAACUGAAUUAUUUAAGUGCGAGCCUUAUGCCAUCAGUAAUUACUUAA